CUCCCCCAGGCCCAGCCAUGUCACAGCAGCCGGCCAUGCCGUCGCCGGCCACCCUGCAGGGGAAGCUGCCCGAGGUGGCAGGCCCCGAUGAGGAGGAUCUCUUCCAUUCGAGCUCCAUGGUCUCGGAGAUCCUGCGUGUCCUGGCCUCGCCGCACCACUCGACCCAGUACUCGGAGACCGGGCUGCAAGAUCGGUUUGCCCCGCUGGACAAUGUGCUGGAGAGGGCCAACAAGGAUCCCCGCGAGAAGGCCUUCAAGGAUUUGUACAAAAAAGGCAAGAGCCUGAAUGAGGCUCUCACCAGCUGUCUCGGGUCCUCGCAGGCAUACGCCGCGGCCCUGCAAAAGUUCGGCGAGCUCGAGAGCGAGACCAUGCCCUCCAGCCCGACCACCAUCUACACCAUGAAGCUGGGCCUCAUCAUGCAGGAGCUCCACCGUCUGGAGGAGCAGGAGCUGGCGCUAUUUGUGGACCGCGUGCAAAAGCUCCAGCGCCGCGCGUACAAAGAGAAGCCCACCGUGACCGGCUUUGACGAACAUAAGUCCCUGAUCACCAAGUUCGAUAAGCUUCUCCAGGGGAAAAAUUGGAAGGGAUCCGUGUACGAUUUGAAGCCCUCUCGGCCGGCAAUCUACCCGAAUGAGAUUGAGUUCCAGAGCAACUGGUCUGGCUACCUGGCGAAGGCAUCCUACUGCGAUGCGCUCACCGAUAGCAUCGCCAAUGGCCCGGCCCUGGCCCGGGCGGAGCUCUUCUUUUCGCUGGAGUCCUGGCGCCAGGCGCAAAUUCGCCGCCACGAGCUGGCCCUGCAGAACCUGCGCAGCAUCGAUGCCCACCUGCCGGAGAUCAAUCACAGCGUCAAUAGCACGAUCCUGCGCGAGAUGAACAAGAUCGAAAAGGUCCGCCAGGCGCGGGAGGCCAUGCUACAGGGGGUCCGCGGGCUGGAGGUGCCGGAUACCUUCUCCGUGCCGACGACCAUGCUGCUGAGCCACUUCAACGCCAGCCACCCGGCCCCCGGGUACGGGCGUCUGGUGGAGCAGCUGACCCAUGGCAGUCGAGUGCACUUCACCCGGACCAUGCUGGCGGCCGGGGAGUCGGCCAUCGAUCCCUGGGACCAGGUGUCCCUGUCGCUGAUCGGCACCUGGCUGCUGGUCACCUCGGAUGUUGGCGGCCGGCUGAGGCUGACCCUGCCGCUGGCCGGCAUGUCCAUCAACCUGGAGCACCGGCCCGACGCGGCCUUCCCCCUGAGCCACUGCUUUGUCCUGACGCCUGGGCCGGACUCGGCCGAGGGGUCCGACGCCCCGGCCGGUGGCCCCCCGACAGCCAUCUAUGCGCGCAACCCGGCCGACUGCCAGGCCCUGCUCCGGUGCCUGCGGUCCAUCAGCGAUCGGUCGCAGAUUCGCCUGACUGAGGACCCGGGGUUUGAGGCGGCGGCGGCGGCGGCGGCGGCGGCGGCGGCCGUCGAGGCUGAAACCGCGGCGGCUGCCGCCACCGCCGCCGCCACCGCCACCGGGGCCUUGGCUACGCCUGUCAUGGCGCCGUCGGUCGCGGCGGCAAGUCCCGCCGCUCGGCCAGGCACCCUGCUCCGGUCGGCAAGCAUGUCGACCCCGCCGCCGGCGGUUCCCCAGCGCGGCAAGCUGGCCCAGCUCCAAGCCCAAAGCAUGAGCAACAUAGUGCUCAACUCGCCGCCGCCUCCGGUGCCGGUGCGUGGCGCUGCCAACCCCAAGUCGCUGCCGGUGUCGGGUGUUGCUUCGCCAGUGCCGGCCAAGGGGGACCGGCCACCGGUGCCCCUGCGCCCGGGGACCCCCACCCGGGUGACCAGUCACCGCGAUGCGGCGGCGGCCGAUGCCGCCCAGUCAGGCCGGCCGGUUGACACGCCCAAGUCGGCCGGGGGUGCCCCGCCCCCGGCCAUCCCGCGGCCCUACUCGGUGGCCGGUGCCGCUUCUCCGGCGGUCCCCCCUGCUCGCCGGUCCCUCAGCACGGGCAGCGCCCUGGAGCCGAACGAUGCGCCGGCUCGGCCGACGCCGCCGCCGCACGCGCGCCAGCUGAGCGCCGGCGACGCCGGGAGCCUGCCCUCGGUUCCACCCCGCUCGCAAAGCCCGAGCCCCGGGACACGUGCCACCCCGCCUGUGCCUGGGCGCGGUCCGGCCCCGGCCCCGCCGAAGCCGCGCACCGGGGCCCCGGCCCCGCCGGCCCCUCGAGCCUCGGCCUCUGCGGCCGCUCCUGCUUCCGCUGCGGCUGCGGCUGCGGCUGCCGCCGUUGCCGCCCUUGCGGCGCCUGUGCCUGUUGAGGAUGCUCCUGCCAAGACUGCCACUGCUGCCCCCGUCGCCGGGGAAGAAGUGCAGCACGGCGAUGCCCCUCCCCAUGACAAGUCUGAUGUCAGUCUUGACGCGGCGGCGGCGGCGGCGGCGGCGGCAGUGGCCCCGCCACCUGUGGUGGCCGGCAAGGCCAGCGAGGAUGACGCCUGCUCCUCCUCCUCCUCUUCGUCGCUCUCCAACGCUGCUGAGGAGGAGGUCACCGAGCAUGAGGGAGACUCCGAUGCCGAGGCCCCGGCAGAUGUGGCGGUCCCGAAGCGGCCGCCCUCGGCCGAGCUGACCACCACGCCGCCGGUCUCGGCCGCUGGCGACGGGGCAGCGCGGCUGGACCUCUACAUGCAGCCGGCACACUUCGCCGGGCUGAAGGCCGACAUGCAGCAGCUGUGCCAAGUGCUGGAGGGCCUGCGCGAGACGGAGGACGGCCAGGUGACCGCCUUGGCCGGUCUGCCACUGCUGGGCGGGACACAGGCCGGCGGGGCGGCCGAGCGUGAUCCCACCCGGCCGGGGACCGUCCUGGCGGUGGCCACUUUCAGCUGCCAGCCAGAUGCCGCCACGGACCUGGCCUUCGCCGAGGAGGACCUGAUUGAGGUGGUGGCCCGGAUGCCGAACUCCGAGGAUCAGUGGCUGGUGGCGCGAAUUGUGCGCGAGCGUGAGGGCACCCCGGGCCUGGUGGUGUCCCCGGUGGGAGUCGUGCCGCGGAACUACCUGCAAGUGGUCUGCGAGACUGAGCGGGCCCUGGAGGCGCUCAAGUCCGCCGAUUAG